ACCUCCUCUAUUUUUUUUACUCCCCUUCCCUUCUCUCUUUCUCUCUCCUACAAAAUCCCUGAAAUUUUUAGAGAGAGAAAAACAAAAACAGAGCGAAUGUGUUUUCGUUGAUGUCGUUUGCAUCGGAUCCUUCGCCAAAGGUGGGUACUCUCAAUACCAAAUCCACUCUUCUCUAGUUUUCGAACAAAAAAAAAAACCAAAUCAUGGAAAAUUCAGAUCAUAAUAACAAAGAAGAUCAUCAUUCAUAUUCAAAUUCAUAUUCAAGUAAUUCAACCCCAGAAGAAAAUCAAGGUCUUUUAUUUCAAUCAAACAAGGUUAACAUAAUCAAGGUAGGAUCUUUUGAUGAUGAUCAUGGCGAUGGCGAUGAAGCGAGGGUAAUUGACGGUGAUGAUGAAGGGUUCAAGACUCCGACAAAGAGAGAACACCGUAUUGCGGUAGACAUCAGAUGUCCCCCACCUGCACCAAAGAAACCUAAGGCGCAACUUAUGAAACGACGUCGUCCUUCUUGCCGGAAUCUGUUUCAUGUUACUCCUGAGGAUAUUGAAUUGCUAUUUCCACCUCAUUCUGUUGCUGUUAGAGAAAGAGACACGCUCUUGAAUAUUGGUAGUAGUAUUGAUCCGGCUGCCAAAGUCAACAAUAAUAAUAAGCCUAAUUACACCACUACUUCUCUUAUGUCUCUUAGGUGAUCAACAUCAUAACCUUUUUUAUUUUUUUUUAAUUAGUGAUCCAUGAUUAAUUAUGAUUCCCACUGGCUUUUAUUCUCAAAUUAUGUAAUUGAUCCUAUAGUUAAUUCUUGUCUAAAACUAAUAUCACAAUUUAGGACAAUUUAUGAUUUUUAUGGUG